CUCCCAGCAGCCCCUGCGCAGGCGGAAGUGGAGGUGUUUCCGUCAGAGAAGAAGAAGAAUCGGAAUCAGAAUCAGAAUCAGCUGUAUUGACAAACUAUGAGUCCACAUACAAGGUAUUUGACUCUGGUCUCGUUGCUCAUUGGUACAAAACAAAGCUUUUAAAUAAGCGUAAAAAAUAAAAGCGUUAAAACUAGAAAAUUGUACAACCGACGGUGAAGAGAGAGAGAGGAGACAGAAGAAGAGGAGGAGACGAAGAGGAGGAUCUGCUGCAUGUGAAGUUUGAUGUGUUUCUGUCUAGAUGAUGAAGAGCAAGGCUGAUGAGGAAGACUAUUGGAACAGCUCCAAGUUCAAAGCAUUCACUUUUGAUGACGAAGACGAUGAGUUCAGCCGGCUGAAAGAGUCGAAGCAGGCCGUGAACAGUAUCCGGCGUCUGGUGGAGGAAGAGGACGAUGAAGACGAUGUGGAGAAGGUCAGCUGGAGCGGAGAACCAGUCGGCAGUAUUUCCUGGUCCGUUAAAGAGACGGCAGCGUCCAAUCAGAGGACAGAGAGAGAGCCCGCCUUCCCCAAGAUCACCACAGAAACGUCGAUCAGCAGGAGCCAAUCAGGAUACUCCCUGAGCUCUCUGUUCAAAGGAAAAACGAGAGGAAACUUCCAGAGCUUCACUGACUCGUCCAGUGAUUCGUCUGCCAGACUCUAUGCUCCUGAGCUCCGAAAACCCAAAUCUGAAUACAAGGAUUAUGUCAGUGACUGGUCGCCUGAGGAGACGGUUCAGAGGCUGCAGCAGAGAAAGGUGGUGUCUCUGGAGAAGUUCCGGUCUCUUCAGGACAAACUGCUGUUGUUGGAUUUUGCCGUCAGCGCCAACGACGGAAACGUCAUCACAGCUGUCCUGAUUCAUCUCAAGAGGACCUUGAGCAAAGAGGUUUUGUUUCGGGAGCUGGAGUCCAGACAAACGGCUCUAAGACAUUUAAUCCACUACCUGAAAGAGACCAGAGACCAGACCCUGCUGCUGGAACUGCUCAGAGCUCGGGGGAGGACGGAGGACGUGGCGCUGCUGCAGUAUAAAGAACAUCUGAGGAUCACAGACGAAAACAAGAGGCGGGACUUCCUGAAGAGCUGUAUAAGCCUUCCUUUUUCUGCGGAGGACUCGGCUCACGUUCAGGACCACUACACUCUCCUGGAGAGGCAGAUCAUCAUCGAGGCAACGGACCGACAGGCUGAGCGCGGCGGGAAGGUUGAAAUAUUCCAGAAGUUCCCCAGAAGAGCCUUAAUCCUCAACAUGCCUCUGAUCACAACUCUGUACUAUUGCUGCUUCUACCACUACCCCGAGCCCGAGGGAACCUACAGCAGUCCGUUGAACGUCCGUCAGACCUUCAAGAUUUCAGAGAAGCAGUAUUUCAUAACAGCGUUGUCAGCGAGGGCGAAGCUGAAGGCGUGGUUGGAUGUAGAUGCUCUGUUCACCAGUCGGAACUGGCUCGGCUUCACCAGGAAAAAAUCUCCUCUGAGCUUCCAGCGAGUUGUUGACAUCCUGCACAAAAACUCCGCCCCCACUCAGGUGCUGCAGGAUUAUGUGGCGCUGGUCGAUGACACAGAGCUGAGGAUCAGUUUGGCUCAUAAACAUAAAUGUCACGAUAUCGCCAUCAAUACGUACCGAGACAUGAAGGACCGGCAGCUGCUGCUAGCAUACCGGGGAAAAGUGGAGAGGGGUUCGUCAGAGGAGAGGAAGAUCGAUGAUCUACUCAGCAACCCGCAAAUCCGAUGGAAGAACUAAGCAGAAACGACUUUUACUUUGAAAGUGAAGUGACUGGUUCCUCUAUGAGACGACAUCAUGACAAACAGAACCAUCCAAUCAACUCGUCCACUUCAGUCUCUGGAGGAGGAGCUGUGUGUGUGACUCCUCCCACUGAGUGUAGGGUGGGUGGGGCUUCCACUGAGUCAUUCCUUAAAAAUAAAAUUUGUUUAAAGAUAAAAGAAUAAAAAAAUGAAAACAAAA